AUGUGCAUUGAUUACAGGCAGUUGAACAAAGUUCCAAUCAAGAACAAGUAUCUUUUGCCUCGUAUUGAUGAUUUAUUUGACCAGCUUCAGGGAGCGAGGGUGUUCUCCAAGAUUGAUCUCCGGUCAGGGUAUCACCAGUUGAAGAUCAAGGACUCGGAUAUUCUUAAGACGGCUUUCAGGACCCGAUAUGGUCAUUAUGAGUUCCUUGUGAUGUCUUUUGGGUUGACCAAUGCCCCAAUAGUGUUCAUGCAUUUGAUGAACAUCGUGUUUCAGCCCUAUCUCGACUCGUUUAUGAUUGUGUUCAUUGAUGAUAUUCUGGUUUACUCGCGUAGUCAGGAGGAGCACACGGAGCAUUUGAGAGUGGUAUUGCAGCGGUUGAGGAAGGAGAAGCUUUAUGCAAAGUUCUCC